AUUCAUAUUUUCAAACAUAUUUGUUUGAAAAUGAGUACUGCAUUAAUAUCAGAAUAUUUGGAAACACAUCAAGGAAGAGAUAAAUUUUUGAAAACAUUGUCUUAUGCAACUAAGUUUGCGACAUUGGGAAUAUUCUCAAAUGAAACAGAAAAAAAAUUAAAAAUAUUUAGUAGCCAAAUCAGCGAAUGCAGAAUGAUUCUAAGAUUAUUAGAUGACAUACCAACGAUUCAUUAUGCAAUGACAUAUGGGUGGGGAAAAGAGGAGUCAGAUUGGUUGAUCAAAUGUGCAGAGUUAAUGCAAAUUUUGGUGGAUAUUAUAUUUGGUCCAAUAGAACACAUUUUUUGGGCUGGCAAACAUAAAUUGAUUAAAAUCAAUAUUGAAGCAUGGGAUAAUGCUUUAACAUGGUUUUGGAUAAUUUCUCUGCAGUUGUCUUUAUUAAAAGUUGUUUUGAAAUCAAUAACCAAACUAAGGUGGAAUGAAUCAUUAACAUGUAUAAGAUUAAUAUUAGAUAUGUGUUAUGCAGUUAGUUAUUUGCCAUCUGGUAUAUUUUGGGGAGGUAAGUUAAAAACUUGGCAUGUUGGAGCACUUGGAACUUUGUCUUCGUUGAUUGGAUUGUAUCAAGCUUUAAGUCAACGAGCAAAGCACAAGAGUUCAUAA